AUGCAUGAAGAAAUUCACUUAGCACCUCAAACUCCCAAGCGAUCUAGUGGGAAACAUUCUCCUAUGCCUUCAGUGCACCUGUCCACUCCCAAGGAGAUAAACUGUCCAUUAGGCGGAUUCAUUUUCCCGGACUUCAGGGCGCUUUAUUCUUUGGGACUCCAGGAUUCUACGCAUUUAUAUUAUUCAGAGUUGACAUUGUUUGGUUUCGAGGUGUAUAUAGUAGAACAAUGGGCGUUGGAACGCAAGUACUCGACAUUAAUCACAUCAUUCACUGGUAAUCCGCAGGACAUUGUACAUGCAGUAAAAGUGGCUUUACCAGAAUCCCCGUCUCUCUGGCCUACCCAGUUCAAGAGCUAUUAUGAUGAGCUUCUAACUUAUGCAACUCCAAAACUGACUGAAGAUGGCACUCUUUUCAUAACAAAUUCUUCUCAAAUACCGUCGACGUUAAACUUGCUUCAUCUAGAAUGUGGGGAUCUGCGGAAAAUUUGGGAUGAUUUUAAGGUAAAUGUCGAUUUAAAAAGACUGCAGUGUGGUGGGCGAUCUGCGCUUUUGCUUUGCAAACCCUCGAACGCAUCCUGCGAAAAGUUUGCUCAAUUAUACAAAAUUACGGCCCCCUCGAAAGGCUCGCAGGAUUUAGAUACGAAAUCUUUAACUGUUGCAGUUGUUGAGCUUAUAACCAUCAUUCAAAUUAGCCUGACUUAUUUCAAUUUACUUGAUCCACGCUACAAAGACGGUAUUUUAUGUGUGUUUACUGAAAGGGCCAUCCAAGAUUGGUGGACGGUUUACGGCACUUAUUAUCUUGGAGUUGAAAGACCUAAGCAUGAAGGUCCCUUGGGUCCAACUACUGUUGCAGGGUUAAUUAGCCUGGUACUUACUUGUUUCUUUAAGCUUAUGGUCGAAGAUUGCGUGUCGUCCAAAGAACCUUUUGAUGAGGAAUGUUUUCAGGGUGGAAUAUACAAUUUUCAGAGAAAGUACAAUCUGAGUAAAGGUAAUUCGACUUUUUGCAAUUCAUAUUUUGACCCUACUACGUUAGCGAAGCUUUUCGAGGUCACCGCAAAAGUAACUAACACUGAUAUUUUUAAAAUCAAGAAAGUUGUGAAAUCCACGGUACAAGAUAUUACGGGAAAGGGAUAUCCCAUGCAAAUGACAAGUGGCAUUCUUACCACAGAUCUCGACUAUCUUGCUAAAAAUGUACACGGUGGGAUCCUUUCGUGUUUGUGGAGGGGGAAGGGAAGCAAAAAGUACUCACAGAGAAGAAGAUGGGAGCAGGACUUCUGUCGAGGUAAAUAUCAUCACGGUGAUCCAACAGAUGAAAUAUUGAAAUCUAACGUCAUGGAAAAAAGGGAAACAGAGUGGUUUGAAGUAGAUUCCAAACCGAUAGUUGGCGGUUACGAGCACAGGCGAUUUGGGUUUGGUUCGGAAGUCACAGACAGCUCUUCGUCAACCAGGAGUCAAUUAGAGCGCAAUGAGUUACAACGAAAAGAACGUGAGGAGAAAACCACGAAUGAUAGGGUUUUCCGGUCCGAAAUGAACAGACGGCCAUCAGUGCCAUACCUCCCAGACGAGGUAGGUAUGAUGCAAAUAAACUAUGAAAAUCUUCCUUACAAAAAAUUGGAGACUGAUCUAAAACGUCGUUACAGCCUCUCGGUGAUUCAAGACUCGGUCGAGCGUUGGAGUCUACCUUUUGAGCCGUCUUUGGUUAAAAUUGCGAGAAAUCUCCUUAAAAUGGAAAAGGAAUUCAAUUGGAAAGAAGAUAUGUGUUAUGAAGAACACAAUGACGACUAUAUUACAUUUCAACUCCCGAUAGAUAGGCUAAAACAAAACUAUGAAAACUUGCGCACCAAAUUAGUGAUGAUCGAGACAGAUCGUGAUGUUCUAGAUAAUAAGCACUCUGUACUGCUCAACGAUAUAUCAGAGCUGGACUCUUUGGCUUCGAAGUUCAAAUAUGAUAUUAGGAUUCUGGACACUCGGAUGCGGGAUGUUGAAGAAAGAGUAACCCAGUUCGGUUCAAAAUUAAAGAGCGUUACUAGAGCAAUCGAACACCAACAGUCUUGUAAUUUGAUGAAGUCGCAAUUAUUUACCAACUCCUCGGAGUUGGACAAAUACGCUAAGGAAAUUUUGAGAGGUGGUCAAAGCAAGUACCAUGGAAUAUUAAUGAAUCUUUGGAAUCAUCACGUAUCUUAUGCAAUCCGCGAGGAUAUAAGUAAAUUUUGGCUGUGCAUUUGCGAAAAGCUUUUCCCUGAUGCAAAUUUGAAAAACGAGUAUGGUUGA